CAAAAGACCGACUCGCUCCAGCCAUGUGGCCUGGCAUUUUUCUGCUCUCCCCACACAACCUAGCCGGGAAACCCAGCCUAGAAUCGGGCGACGCGAUGCACGCCUCAACCACCAGCUGCUCGCGCUCGUUGAAUUGCUGAGCUCAAUGACAACCGACAACCUCGCACACGCCAUUCUGCUCCCUACAGUGCCGACACAUGCUUGUUUAAUCUGUUCAGCCCGUGGGAGCACGACAGGGAGUGUUUUUGCUGGAUUUGUUUAGUUACCAAACACCAGCCAUCAUCGAGUACGCGCCUGUACACGAACUCUCACUUGUCAUCACUGCCUAACAAACAAAGCAUUACCGAUUCGGCCACGCCAACCGCAGGCGACACAGGCCGCCACGACGGGCCUCGAAAAAACAUCGACGACGCAGGCCGCGUCCAGCUCCGUCACGCAAGCCACCACAAUGGCCUUCCCUGGGUCACCCACCGCUACUCUCAGCCCGACGGCUUCCGAGGCCUUCAACUUCAGGUCCUCCAUCUCGUCCUUCGCAUCGUCCAACUCGUCGCGCCACUCGACCUCGAGCGUCUCAAAGUCGUACCGCCAGGCAUCGACCCUCUUCCUGACCCGACGACUGCCCGAGGCCCUGUCGACCGUCCUGCCACUUGUCACGCCGACCCCCGUGCCCGGCGAGGAUGAUGCCGUGGAGCCUGCCCCGGUCGCGAAAGCCUCACGGACGACUAGAGUGAAGGUGUGGAGCUUGUAUCUCACCACCCUGAACGCAAUUGUUGAGCUGCACCCAGAGGAGGGCAAGGCCAGCUUCGGCACUCAGGAGUGGAGGGCAAUCUGCACAAAGGUGCGCGAUGGCGCCAUCUGGGAGGAGGUGGUCAGGAAUGGAUACCACGGCGUCGAGGGCGACGUGGACUCGGACGUUGUAAUCAACUUGGCCACCCUCCUUCUCGCUCACGCCACAAACCAGAGCCUGAACCAGAAGAAGCUCGAGAGCUACCUCGCGUCGUCCAACGCGCCCAACCUCGACCUCUCGAGCAGGUUCGGCGGCACCCCGGCCGCCCCGUCGACGCCGCGGCGCAGGCACCGCUCGCCCAUCAAGAACUCGUCGGCCAGCGGCGCCGACACGCCGCGCGACCUCAACGCGCGCGUCAAGAUCCUGGAGCUCUACACGCUGCACGUGCUGAUCCGCAACAACGAGUGGGACUACGCGCGCGAGUUCAUCAGCGUCAGCUCGGUGCUGGACGAGGAGCGCCGCGAGGCCUUCCUCCAGGCCCUCUCGAGCCUGCAGGAGGAGCAGCAGGAGCAGGAGCGCCAGGAGCGCGCCGAGCGCGAGCGCCAGGAGGAGCGCCUGCGCGAGGACCUGCACGAGGCCCGCCGCCUGCGCGCCGAGAACGAGGAGCACGAGAGGCGUCGGCGGCUCGAGCAGCAGCACGACGACCGCCUCCGCAGGGAGGGCGGCAGCAGCGAGGUCGACUACGGCAUCGAGUCCACCCCGCGCGCCGCCGUGGCCAAGCAUCGUCACACGCCCAGCAGUGGCGGCGGAGGAGGAGGAGCGGGAGGGGUGAGGCGCAAGUCCUCGGCGCACGCGCACGCGUCAAAGACGCACGACAAGGCAAAGGCGAAGGCGACGGCUCCCCUCUCGGUAGGGGCCCGCGCCGCAAUCAUAAUAUCUAAUAUCCGAAGGCUGGUCGUCGAGGGCAUGACCUCGUCAAUACAGUCCAACCCCACGGUGGUGCUGCGCAUGCUGGCCUUCAUAGUCGGGCUCCUCGCCAUGCUCAGCAACCAGAGGAUCAGGGAACGGGUGUCGCGCAUCCUGAGGACCUCGUGGGACAAGGUCAAGACCACGGCCCGCAUGGGCGCCACGGCCACGUAUCUUUGAGCGUUCCAGUCUCUUCCUUCUCUUCACGCUUUUCUUAUGGCCUCUUGUCUCAAUAGUCUCCUUUCCAUACCUGUUUAUUUCACGAGAAUGACACGCGCACCUUGAGUUACGAAGGCAUAUCAUGACAUGCAUGCGACCGGCAGAGUUUUAUGUUACACGCCACAAUGCAC